UCGUGACUCGUCCUUACUCUGCAGUCUGCGGUCUCUCCACACCACUCAAUACUGGACCUAUCCACAUCCACAGCUGUCACCGUCCACAGUCAUCCAUUUAAGGAUAUAUAGUGAUAAUAAAGCAUCGUUUUUUAUCCACUAGUUUUUUUAUAUUAAUCUUAGAAACCAUGUCAUCCAACGGCAACCCCGAGUACUCUGCGUUCUUCGCGGUGAUGGGAGCCUCGUCCGCGAUGGUCUUCAGCGCCCUGGGCGCGGCCUACGGCACGGCCAAGAGCGGCACGGGCAUCGCAGCCAUGUCAGUGAUGCGUCCGGAGCUGAUCAUGAAGUCCAUCAUCCCCGUGGUCAUGGCGGGGAUCAUCGCCAUCUACGGCCUGGUUGUGGCCGUGCUCAUCGCCAACAGCAUCACAGAAGGCAUCAGCCUGUACAAGAGUUUCCUCCACCUCGGGGCGGGGCUGAGCGUGGGUCUCAGCGGCCUUGCGGCGGGCUUCGCCAUCGGCAUCGUGGGGGACGCCGGGGUCCGAGGCACGGCCCAGCAGCCCCGGCUCUUCGUAGGGAUGAUCCUGAUCUUGAUCUUCGCUGAGGUCCUGGGUCUCUACGGCCUCAUCGUUGCCCUCAUCCUGUCCACCAAAUAAACGGCCUCUCGUCCGCCCGUAAGGGGCCGCUGGAGGAAGGAAAACAAAAAAAUACAACGGGAAAAUAUUGUAAAAAUUUCUAACAUGAAGAAAAAGGUUGUGGGUGGGGGUGGGGAAAGAGUAAAAUAAGUAUCUCUCCAUACUGAUGGUCUUAUCUGUAAUAUGUGUACAGGUGUCCCUUUGAUAGUCAACCUCUUGUAAAUGCGCAAAGUAGUGGUUUGUCUGUCUUGUGUGUGCGUGUGUGUGUGUGUGCGCGCGUGUUUAAUGAGAAUUCAAUGUUCUGAUAAAGAAUAAUUUUGCUCCACUAGUUGACUUGGUGUCUGGCCGUAGGGAGAUGAGCGCCAGCUGGUUUCUCUCUGGCCAUCCUGUGAGGACUCUCUGCAUGGGCAGACCGGUGAACGCCCAACUUGGACAGACUUGGCUUUAGUAUUGUUCUUUUCCAGGUUUAAUUUAUAAGAUAUUGUCCUUGAAACAGUCUAAUUAACCAUGGUGUGUCUAAUAGAUCUAGAUAUAUAGAGAUCUAUGUAGAUCUAGAGAUCUCUCUAGAUCCAUCGAUAUAGAUCUCUAUCGAUAUACAUCUAUAGGUUGAUGCACUGUGGAUGAAUUGAUCAGUGAUUGAAAUUCCUCUGGAUAGGUAUCUUGGUUUAUAGAUUCUGAUUGCCUUUAGUAUUUGGAUGGUGGGACUUGUGUUAAGUGUAUUUUAAUCAUUACGAAAGCAUUCUCAAACACGUCAACGUUUUUCCCUGUAGUACUGCUGUUGGAUUGCAUUAAAGAUUUGUGUGCCCAGUGUUGGGUCUCACAUGUUUAAUUUUCA